UUGGGAUGGAGUUUGCGUGGACGCUGUGGCUCGGCCUGGCUCUGGCGCCGGGGUCCGCUGCAGGCCACCCGCAGCCGUGCGGCGUCUCGGCGCGCCUGGGGGGCUCGGUGCGCCUGGGCGCCCUCCUGCCCCGCGCGCCCACCGCCCGCGCCCGCGUCCGCGCCGCCCUGGCCCGGGCCUCCCCGGCGCCUCGGCUGCCGCACAACCUGAGCCUGGAGCUGGUGGUCGCUGCGCCCACCGCGCGCGACCCCGCGUCGCUCGCCCUCGGCCUGUGCCAGGCCCUGGCCGCGCCGGGCGUGGCGGCCGUGCUGGCCUUCCCCGAGGCGUGGCCCGAGCUGCUGCAGCUGCACUUCCUGGCGGCCGCCACGGAGACCCCGGUGCUCAGCGUGCUGCGGAGGGAGGCGCGCGCGCCCCUCGGCGCCCCGAGCCAUUUCCACCUGCAGCUGGACUGGGCCAGCCCCCUGGAGACCUUGCUGGAUGUGCUGGCGUCGGUCCUGCAGGCACACGCCUGGGAGGAUGUGGGCCUGGUACUCUGCCGCGUGCGGGACCCCGGGGGCCUGGUAGACCUCUGGACAGACCGGGCUGGCCAGGCCCCUAAGCUGGUGCUGGACCUAAGCCGGCCAGACACGGGCAACGCCGGGCUGCAGGCGCGCCUCGCCCCUCUGGGGUCCACAGCCCCAGUGCCCUUGGCGGUGCUCCUGGGCUGUGACGCUGCCCAGGCUCUUCGGGUGCUGCGGGAUGUGCCCCCCGGGCCCCGCUGGCUGCUCGGCACCCCGCUGCCCGCUGACACGCUGCCCACGGAGGGCCUGCCGCCUGGGCUGCUGGCGCUGGGGGAGGUGGUGCGCCCCCCGCUGGAGGCCGCCAUCCACGACGCGGUGGAGUUGGUGGCUCGGGCUCUGGGCAGCGUGGCUCAGGUGCACCCAGAGCAGGCCCUGCUCCCGGCCGCCGUCAACUGCAGCGACCUGCAGCCCGCCGGGCCUGCGUCCUCAGGCCGCCUCUUGGCGCGGUUCCUGGCUGGCACAUCCUUCCAGGGCCGCACGGGGCCAGUGUGGGUGACCAGUUCCUCCCAGGUGCACAUGUCCCGGAGCUUCAGGGUGUGGAGCUUACGCCAGGACCCACGGGGCACCCCCGCUUGGGCCACAGUGGGCAGCUGGAGGGACGGGCGGCUGGAGUUGGAGCCAGGGGGUGCCCUGAGGCCACCACCCCCGUCAGGCGCCCAGACCCGGCCCAAGCUGCGCGUUGUGACGCUGGUGGAGCACCCCUUCGUGUUCGCCCGCGAGUCAGAUGAGGAUGGGCAGUGCCCCGCGGGACAGCUGUGCCUGGACCCUGGCACCACUGACUCGGCCACGCUAGACUCGCUGUUCACGGCCCUGGCCAACGGCUCCCUGCCUCGGGCCCUGCGCAAGUGCUGCUACGGCUACUGCAUGGACCUGCUGGAGCGCCUGGCCGAGGACACGCCCUUCGACUUCGAGCUGUACAUCGUGGGCGACGGCAAGUACGGCGCCCUGCGGGACGGCCGCUGGACCGGCCUGGUGGGCGACCUGCUGGCGGGCAGGGCCCACAUGGCCGUCACCAGCUUCAGCAUCAACUCAGCCCGCUCGCAGGUGAUGGACUUCAGCAGCCCCUUCUUCUCCACCAGCCUGGGCAUCAUGGUGCGGGCGCGGGACACGGCCUCGCCCAUUGGCGCCUUCAUGUGGCCGCUGCACUGGUCCAUGUGGGUGGGCGUCUUCACGGCGCUGCACCUCACCGCGCUCUUCCUCACGCUGUAUGAGUGGCGCAGCCCCUACGGCCUCACCCCCCGGGGCCGAAACCGGGGCACCGUGUUCUCCUACUCCUCGGCCCUCAACCUCUGCUACGCCAUACUUUUCGGACGCACUGUCUCCAGCAAGACACCCAAGUGCCCCACGGGGCGUCUGCUCAUGAACCUGUGGGCCAUCUUCUGCCUGCUCGUGCUCUCCAGCUACACGGCCAACCUGGCCGCCGUCAUGGUUGGGGAUAAGACUUUUGAGGAGCUGUCUGGGAUCCAUGACCCCAAGCUGCAUCACCCGUCCCAGGGCUUCCGCUUUGGCACCGUGUGGGAGAGCAGCGCCGAGGCUUACAUCAAGAAGAGCUUCCCAGAGAUGCACGCGCACAUGCGGCCGCACAGCGCGCCCACCACGCCCGAUGGCGUCGCCAUGCUCACGAGUGACCCCCCCAAGCUCAACGCCUUCAUCAUGGACAAGUCACUCCUGGACUACGAGGUCUCCAUCGACGCUGACUGCAAACUGCUGACCGUGGGCAAGCCCUUCGCCAUCGAAGGCUACGGCAUCGGACUCCCCCAGAACUCGCCACUCACUUCCAACCUGUCGGAGUUCAUCAGCCGCUACAAGUCCUCCGGCUUCAUCGACCUGCUGCAUGACAAGUGGUACAAGAUGGUGCCUUGCGGGAAGCGGGCCAUCGCCGUUACAGAGACGCUCCAGAUGGGCAUCUACCACUUUUCUGGACUCUUUGUGCUACUCUGCCUGGGCCUUGGCAGCGCUCUGCUCAGCUCACUGGGUGAGCACAUCUUUUAUCACCUGGCGCUGCCACGCAUCCGCAGGGGCAACAAGCUGCAGUACUGGCUGCACACGAGCCAGAGAAUCCACCGUGCCCUCAACACAGAGCCGCCGGAGGGGCAGGAGGAGCCAGACGGCCCUGAGGAGCAACAGGACACGACAGCAGCCCCUGCAGCAAAGCAGGGCUGGACCCGGGUGCGCCGGACCAUGGUGCGAGAGCGUCGCGUGCGCUUCCUGCUGGAGCCGUCCGCAGCCACUGCAGCACCAGAGGCUGAGACCAGCCCAGCAAAAGGGCCCACCCGGCCCUGCUCCAAUGGCCGCCCACCAGCCGCACUGCCCUCCAGCAGCGCCCCAGGAGAGCUGCAGGAGCUGGAGCAGCGCAUUGCGGGCGCGAGGGAGAGGCUCCGCCUGGCCCUGGUGCGGCGUGGAGAGCUGCUGGCCCAGCUGGGGGACAGCGCCUGCGACAGGCCACUGCGCCUGCUCCAAGCCUACUCGGAAGGUACCGGGGCUAUGCGGUGAUGGCCCCAGAAAGCAGACCGCCGCGCUGUACCUGCGGCACCAGGCGGAGAUGGUCAGGCCCUGCCCUCGCACCACCCCAGCACCGAAGCGGAGUCCCACCCCCGACACAGGCGUGGGCUGGGCCGCUUCCGACAGUUUAUUCUAUAUACAAACACAAUUUGUACACUGCAAUUAAAUAGAA